CAACAUAACUUUCUGUCAUCAUAAAAACAACAAUCAUGGCAGACAAGAAGGAAAAAAUUGCUGCUGCCCGGAAAAAGCUAAAACAAUACCAGUCGAAGCAAAAACAUGAAGGCCCCAGCAAAAGUGAAGACGACUCCGCGAGGGAAACUCCUGUUCCGGUGCCUAACAACAACAACAACAACAGUGCCGAACAAACGCCACCCCCAAAACCCAAUGAUGACAUCCAAAACCAAAACCACUUGCUGCAAGAAAUUCCAUCCACUAUUGCCUCUAUGCAACCAUCAUCCUACAGUGUGGCGCAUUAUUUCAGUAACAAUGCUGGUCAACUAGUACCGGAUUUCCUCUCAAUGGAACCACAGGUUGCCCGACCGGAACUGCCUGCGCCGAUGGAAGUCAGUGCGCACAGUAUCAAUCGAAUUUCGGAGGAAAUCGGGCAUCUGAUUGCGAAUGCCAGUGCUGAUCUGGGGCCACAGAACACGAUCUUAGAGUUGGAAUCGGAAAAGGCAGAACUGUCACGGGUGAUGAAUGCGCAAAAGUUGGAGAACGACGAACUACGGUUGAGGCUGAGGAAUAACCAAUCGUUGGUGGAGGAGUUGAAGAAUGAAGUCGACAAAUUGAAGCUGGAGAAUAGCACUAAGGUGACGAGCGAGCUGGGACCAAUUCAGGAACAGUUGCAGAUGCAGAUCCAAGCGGUAGGGGUGCUGGUCGGGGAGAAGGCCGAGCUGACAGCGACGGUGGGCAAGUAUCAGAGUUUGAUGAAGGUAAAGGCGACGGAAAAUGAUGAGCUACAGAACCGGUUGAAAGCGUCCAGGGCAACAGUGCAGAAGUUGGAGAAGGAACUGGAAGGAAUGAAACAAUCCGGUUCAAGAUUCGAAGAUUUGGAGCGAACGAUAGGGACUCAGUUGAAUGAGUACCAGACGGAAGCGAAUAAGUUUAAGAAAUUGUACGAAGAUCUCCAGGAAGAUUUGAGCGAGUUGAAGCAGAAGUUGCUGGUUCGCAAUCAGGAGUACCAGCUGGUGCAGAAAGAAUUGGAGCAUACGAAGUCUGAGCUGGGUUUGUCAAAGCUGCGGAUCGAACAGCUCUCCUCGGAAGAUGAUUUGGAUUUCAAUGCAAAGGUUGAGUCCUUGAGUCAGCAGAAUUUGAUCAAAUCGCAGCAGAUCAAAGAUUUGCAGGGGCUAAUCAGUCGAAUUGGAAGCGAACGGGACCAGAGCAGUCUGCAGUAUAAGGAAUAUGUGCUCCAUUUGAACCAAGAUAUGGCCAAUUUGGCCAACAAUAUGCGGGAACUGACGGAGGAGAACAAUCGAUUGUCUUCUCGGGAGGAAAAUUUGGUGCGACACGUCGGUGAACUGGAGAAGCAAAUCCAGCAACAGUUGACGAAACAGAAGACCUAUGCAGCGCAGCAGCACGAUUCAACGGAGGCGGGAGAGCAGCAGGCUGCGCUGGAAGCAGAAGUAAAAGUGUUGAAGGAAAACAUUUCCACGAUGGAGGUCGAACGAGCGGAACAUAUGAACCGAAACCAAUCGGUGGAGCAACUUCAUCAAAAGUACGAGGAAAAUCGGAAACAAAGCGAAGAGAAGAUUACCGAGCUGCAGCUGGCAUUGGAGCGAUUGCAGGUUGAUAAACCGGACGUAGCAAAGUUGAUGGCAGAGAUCGAAAGCGGAAAAGUUGGUGCAUCAAGAGCAGUAGCACAGAAUAUGGAACUGAAAGCACAGUUGGAAGAGAUGCAGAAAGCGUUUGUGCAAAUUAGUAACGAUAAAUUGGAAUUAACGGACAAGUUGCAAACCGAGCUUCAUCUGGGUAAGGAGAUGAAAUCCACGUAUGGUCAGCUAGAAGAAGAAUUGAAUGCGAUUCGUGAGAAGCUUCACUACAAGGACGAGGAAAUGAUUCGUUUGGCUCACGAGACCACCGAACUGAACAAACAGAUUUUCCAACAGAAUCAGGAAAUCGAUCGAUUACGGUACUAUGAAUCCCGGGCAAAUGACUCCAACAUCCUGCAGGCGGAACUGCAGCGCACUCAGCAACAGCUUCAGCAGGUGCAGCAGAACCAUCGUACGGAUCCAGUUUCAAGCGAUGAAAAUGGUAGCCCUCAUCACCCCAACUGCAGCAGCCUUGAUCAAGAAGAAGAGCACCAUAACAAUGAACAGCACGAACUUCACAGGGAAAUUGAAACCUUGAAACAGGAGAAAAACGAACUAGUGAAUGCCAUUAACAGUCUGCAAAGCAGGUCAAAACCAAGUCCGGCUCACGAACAAGCUGGCGAGAAUCACGUGGACAAGCAUGACGGCAUCAGUGAUAGUGUUUCUACUGUGAGCUUGCCCACGCACGAGGCCAUGGAAAAAUUGCAAGCACGUUUCAAACGGACCAUGCUGGAAGUGGCAGAGCUGACGGAUGAAAAGCAACGACUAGAGCACUUGGUCAUGCAGUUGCAAGGUGAAACGGAAACCAUUGGUGAGUACAUUACGCUCUAUCAGCAGCAGCGACGUAUGUUGAAGCAGAAAGAUAUGGAGCGUGAUCUUCAGCUGGAACAGCUGGCCCAUGACCGAGAGAUGAUGAAACUGAAGCUCAAGGAGCUCAACUAUCUGGUUCAUCAGCUUGUGAUAGAAAAGGGUGGAUCCAUUCCCCUGAACUCGCCGAGUCCAACGCCAUCCGGCGAUCAUCAGCGCAACCUGCCGCCAUUUGUCGAUCUACCGUCUUCUCCUAGUCCGAUCAGCUCUUCGCCGAUUCCCAGUGAAAAUGGGGACGGCACUGAAGUGGCCAAGGUGCACAUCAAACCGACUGAAACCGCCGGCCGGAUCCUAUCGUUGCUGAGCGACAUCAAGGAAGCGAACAUCCCCUACGGAAGUGGAGUGCAGCACUGUUCGUGCUGCCAGGGGCGACUCGAAACGGUCUAGAAAGCCUAACGUGAAAAUCAUUACCAAACAAAAUUGUGUUAUAGGUACUACGACUUGCUGCAUUCGAGAAAGGCUUUCACGGUACGAGCAAAGUGGUGCGUCCCGAUUCCCCGCGUUUGUGCAUACGAGUGCUUUACAGUGCAACUGUGGUUAAUUUUUUUUAUAUUUAAACGGUAAAUUAGUAAACUUUUUAUUUCACUUGC